CUUUUCUAUUCAUUUUUUUUUUUUUUUUUAGUCACUCACUUUACGCAUAUACUCACAUAUUUAUACAUAUACACGACUCCUUUUUAACCUUUUCCCCUUAUCAUUAUGAUAAAACCAUUCCCAUUGUUCUUCGUAUUAUUAUCUCUAUAUGCAACUAUUGUAGCUUCUCAACACCACAUGUCAACGGAAGAUCCACCACUUCCUGCCUUUAAUGCUACUGGUGAAGAACCCAUGUCUUAUGCUCUUUUACCAGAUAAUAAAGGUUAUUUUUAUACUCAUGUUGUCUUUAUGGUCAUUGCUUUUUGGAUUCUUAUGCCUAUGGGUGUUAUGUUUGGUAUUGCUAGAUCACCGUUCCAUGUACCUGUUCAAAUCAUUGCCUUCUUAACAUCUUUACUUGGUUAUUUCUUUGGUCAUUUGUAUGCUCAUAGUACUCCUCAUUUAUACAAAGGAAAUUCUCAUCAUAAAUUGGGUUGGAUUAUCUUUUUAUUUUUGAUUACACAAAUUGCCGUGGGUGUGGUUCGAAAAAUCGCCAAAGCAGUAGGGAAAACACAAGAAAGUACUACUGGUUAUGAAUCUCUUACAGAAGAAAAUAUACGUUUGGUUCGUCAAUCAUCUGACAAUCAUCCUUCUCGCAGCAAUAGUAGUAGUAGUAAUGGCAAUGGUGGUGAUACUCAUAGUGAAGGUUCCAUGGAAACUCUACAUCAUAACAAUGGUAAUUAUGAUGAAACUCAUUUGACAAAUGUUAUAAUAACCAAAGUAGAAGAAGAACAUCAACGAUUAUCUAUGGAUGAUGAAGAAGAAGAUAUUGAUCAACUUUUACAAGAGAAUGAUCCUAUGAUGAUGAUGGGUAAAAAACAACGUUCUCUCUGGAUGCGUGUUAUUGAUGCUACUUUACCUUGGAUUCCUCAAAUUAUCAAGACUAUUUUUGUUCGCACAGCUUACAAUCCAUUCACUAAAACUGUUUGUCGUUAUAUCCAUUCUAUUUUGGGUCGUAUCUUUAUUAUUUUGAUCUUUACUCAAACGAUCAGUGGUCUGGUGGUUUAUCAUGGUGUCUGCAGAUCUUGGGAUGUACUUGGAUGUAUUGCUCAUUUGAUCAAAGGUGGUAUCUUUUUCUUUUAUGGUAUUCUAACUUUUGGUCGAUAUCUUGGUGCAUUUGCUGAAAGAGGUUGGGCUUGGAAUCGUGUAGAUGGUGGUAGUAAAUUUAGUUUUGAAUUUAUUGAAUGUUCACUUAUCUUUAUUUAUGGUAUUACUAAUACAUGGAUGGAACAUUUUGGUAAAGAUUCAACAUGGAAUCACAAGGAUUUUGAACAUGCUAGUCUUGCAUUUAUGUGGUGGUGGUGUGGCUUGGUUGGACUCCUUGUUGAAAGCCGAAGUUUACGUCGAUUAUUAGAACGAUCAUUUAUGAAUACACCUUUAGAUGUAUCUCGACAUGAAAUUCAUCAAACUUAUUCACUUAAUCCUUUCCCAGCAUUGACUAUUAUGCUUACUGGUAUAUCCAUGGGUAAUCAUCAUCAAGAAACUCAAUAUUCUACCAAUGUUCAUUUUAUGUGGGGUCUCUUAUUAGCAUUGGCUGCUCUUUGUCGUCUUUGUACCUAUCUUUCCUUUUUCCAAAAUACACCUCAUUCCAUAAAACCAUCUCGACCUCCUACUGAAUUAGUAGGUGCCUUUUGUUUGAUUGCUGGUUCUAUCUUAUUUAUGGCUUCCAAUUCUGGUACGAUGACAUGGAUGCGAAGAUUGGAAGUGGACACUAUGUUUAUGAUGAAUGUUUGUGUUGCUUUGACAUCUUUGACUUUAUGUUAUGUGGCAGCAAUGAUGAUUCUUAAGGCUUGGGCAAUGAAACGUGAACAACGCAAGAAGGCAAGGAUUAUAAAACGUGAUCGAUUUGUGGGCCAAGAUGUUUAAAUCAAACAUGAUAUUUUUUUUUUUUUUAUAUCUAUUUUAUUCUUUUUUUUUAUUUUUCUUAAAAAAACAAACUAUUUACACACUAUUCUACUUUACCACUUAUUUUUUUUUUUUUACUAUUUUACCUUAGUUCUUAU